AUGAUGACGGACGCAGGCGAGGUCAUCAUCUUGCCGGCUCAGUUCGCAAACGAAAUUCGUAACGAAGCCGGCCUGCACUUUAUGCAGACCGUUGACAAAGACUUUCACGCUUCGGUGCCGGGAUUCGAACCAUUUGCAGCGGGAAGCAACAGCGACAAUUUGAUUCAAGUCAUCACGAGGAAGCAGUUGACCAAGUCGCUCAAUAAGAUUACUGAACCUCUUUCUGUCGAGGCAAACUUCGCCACCCAACUCCGGAAAUUUUCCUUGAUACCAGAGAUCUUGGAUAUCGUAGCCCGCCUGUCUAACCGUGUAUUUCUCGGAGAUCAACUUUGCCGAGACGAAGCCUGGCUGGAAAUCACGAAGACCUACACAAUGAGCGCCUUCAAGGUCGCCAACGAAUUGCGUCUCCAGGUCGCGAGGGCACGAACUGUCAUCGCUCCGGUACUUGAAAGGCGACGGUCUGCGCGACAAGAGGCCUUGGCUGCAGGGACCCCUGUGCCAACAUUAAAUGACGCGCUGGAUUGGGUGGAAGAGGAAACCCAGGGACGUCCGUACGACGCCGGCGUCUUUCAACUUAUUCUCUCGACUGCUGCGAUCCAUACGACCACCGAUUUGCUAUCUGAGACUAUACUGCAACUAGCCGGACGACCGGAAUUGAUGACACAGUUGCGACAGGAAGUCGUGGAAGUACUAACAGCAUCUGGAUGGAAGAAACCGGCACUAUUCAACUUGAAGUUGAUGGACAGCGUCAUCAAGGAGGCACAACGAUUGAAGCCCAUGACAAUCGCGUUAAUGGGUCGAAUGGCGACGCAGGAUCGUUGUCUCGUCGACACCUCACAAAUGAGAGACGCCGACAUUUACGAGAAGCCAGACGAGUUUGAUGGCUAUCGCUUCGAGCGUAUGCGCAACGAUGCAGCCAAGCAGAACCAAGCUCAUCUCGUCAGCACUGGACCAGCACACUUGGGAUUCGGACAUGGACAACAUGCGUGCCCGGGGCGAUUCUUUGCAGCAAAUGAAAUAAAGGUUGCGUUGUGUCAUCUGGUCAUGAAGUAUGACUGGAAGCUGGCACCUGGUUACAAUCCUAGGCCAUUUGAGUACGGAUUUUCCGUCGGUGUGGAUCAAUCUGCUAGGGUAAUGGUUAGGCGGCGCACACCUGAGAUUGACAUUGAUGCAAUCUAG